UUUUUAACUUCUCCUUCUCUCUAUCUUCCACAACAUCAUCUUCUCUCUCUUUCUUUGGCCCUUUUUCCUUUGACAUCUUUUUUACCUUUCACAGUUACAUACACAGAUUACUGUAUGUAAACCUGUAAUUAUUGUCGGCAUCAUCUUUCUGAUGAUGAUGAUGGUUUUAGUUGAAAAUGAAGUGGUGAAGCAGUGUUGAUGGUUUAAUGGCUGUAUGCUGUUUACUCUACUCUAGUAGUUAUGUUCUAUUUUGAAGACCGAACUACCAUUAUUUUCUUUUGCUUCCUACUAUUCCCUCCAUUCCCCACCACCACCACCAUCAUCAUCUGGUUCUCUCUCUCUCUCUCUCUCCAUACCUAUGCGUAAAGACAUUCUCUUAUUGGACCUCACAUUUUUCUAGGUUGGUCUCUCUCUCUCUACACUUUUCUGUAGUAAUCUAUCAGAAGCUGAAGAAUUUUGGUUAUCUUCAAGCACAUUUCUUUCUCUAAGCCCAUUAAACAUACCAACCAAGGAAGAAAGGGUUUGUUUUGGUUGUUGUCUUAUCUUUUCUUGUGAGGAGGAUUUCAGUCCAAGAACAGAACUUUUCUCUGUCAACAAACAAUACCAUUUUACCAUCAAGGUUGAAAGCUUUGUUUCUCCCUCUAAUUUACUUGCAAAGAACAAAGCUUUUCCUCUUUUUUUUUUUUUCUUUUUUUUUCUUUUUUGUUUGCAGUACAUUCUAUUUGCUUCUCUGUCUAGUGAUAUGUACAGUUCUCACUCCAUUGCAAGCAAGCAUCCAUUAAUGAAUGAACAGCUCCUUUCUCUCUCUCCCUAUCAGUUGCCCCACCUGCAUUAACCAUAAUAAUCAUAUGGUCAUCUUCUCUACUUCCUGAAAGACAAAGACAUCAAAUUUCAGACAUUAGCACUAAAAUGUCCAUUCGCAUUCUCCUUCUCUUCUCUCUCCUCCUCCCCAGCACCACCACCUCCACCGCUGCCUACCACCGCCACCUCCUCCACCAACCUUUCUUCCCUCUAACAAACACCUUCCCGCCAAUACAACCACCAUCUCUGUCUCCACAACCACCACCACAACCCAAAUAUCCGUUCUCCACUACUCCAAACAUCCCUCAAAAACCUUUCUUCCCUACCCUCCCAUCCCCACCUCCACCUCCUACCAUUUCCGCUCUAUCCACUUUCCCGGCCAACAUCUCCUCCCUUCUCUUCCCCCACCCACCUUCCUCCCAAACCUCUCAUCGCCACCUCAUUAUCACCCUCUCUAUUUCCCUUUCUCUACUCUUUAUUGCCAUUCUUACUGCCAUUUCAGCCAUCUACCUCUACUCCCGCCGCCGCCACAACCACCGCUACACCACCACCACCACCUCUGACAAAACCUCACGAUCUGACAGCCUUCGCCUUUUCCCGCCAAACACCAUCCCCUCCGACGGUUCUCCAAAGCCUCCAAAGCUUCCAAACCGCCCUGGGGUACCCAACAGAAGCUCAGAGUUCCUUUACCUGGGAACUUUAGUUAACUCUACAAGUGGUGGAAUCAGUGAACCUCACCAUCAUAAGGUUACAAACUCGAGCAAUGCUGGUGUUAGGAUUGGCGUAUCAUCCUCUCCGUAUCAGAAACUUGGUUCUCCAGAGCUAAAACCAUUGCCGCCAUUGCCUAAACACAACUAUACACCAACAUAUAGAAGUGGUGAAGUACUUAUAGGGUCCUAUAGUGUUGAUGAUCACCAAGCAAAUAUUGAUACUGAUGAUGAAGAAGAAGAGUUCUUUUCUCCAAGAGGCUCAUCAGGGCGCAAAGAGACUAUUCAAGAAAGUCCAGUUCGCGUUGAGUCAAGUUCAAGAAGAGAGUUUCGAGGUGUUGUUCAUGGAGAUAAUUUUGGUUCUACAAGUUUUAAUUCAAGAACUGCGUCUUAUCCUUAUUCUAAUUCUUCUUCCCCAGCUACUUCUAUAGCUACUAGUCCCUCUCCAGCAUCAAAUUUGAGUCCUACAAGUGCAAAAUCUAAAUCUCCUGAGACUAUCUUAAGUUUUCCUGCUGCUGGAGUUCAUUCUGUGAAAAGAUCACCGCUUUCCAUAUCUUUGUCUUCCUCGCCGUCUUGGAGAGAUUCAGGGAAUACCCAGAACUCGCCGGAGCAGAAUAAGCCCUCUCUGACGAGAGUUGAGAGUAUUGGUAUACAAUUUGGCCCGACUAAACUUCCGCCACCACCUCCUCCGCCUCCGCCGCCGCGAUUUUGGGAGAUCCCGGAAGGGGUGAGACAGGCUAGGGAAGUGAAUUUUGGGAGUUCAGGUCCUCCUGUUCUUGUUACUCCCUCAAGGCCAGUUUUGGUUCCGAGUCCAAUGCCAGUUUUAGUUAAUGAGCAAACCCAAAUUAAUGCAAGCAUUGAGAGGAGCGAAGAGGCCAUGAAACCAAAGUUGAAGCCUUUACAUUGGGAUAAAGUCAGAGCUAGCUCGGAUCGGGCUAUGGUGUGGGAUCAGAUUAAGUCCAGUUCUUUUCAGUUAAAUGAGGAAAUGAUUGAGACUUUAUUUAUGGUAAACCAUUCUAAUUUCAAUGUUAAAGAUAAUAAUGGACGGCGACAGUCUCUUCCAUUGCCGAACCAAGAGAAUUGUGUGCUUGAUUCGAAGAAGUCUCAGAACAUUGCAAUAUUGUUGAGGGCACUUAAUGUUACCAUUGAUGAAGUAUGCGAGGCCCUCUUGGAAGGAAACUCAGAUACACUAGGAACAGAGCUCCUUGAGAGUUUAUUAAAGAUGGCUCCAACUAAAGAAGAAGAACGCAAACUCAGGGAGUAUAAGGAUGAAUCACCAUUUAAGCUCGGCCCUGCAGAGAAGUUUCUCAAGGCAGUGCUUGACAUUCCUUUUGCAUUUAAGAGAGUUGAUGCGAUGCUUUAUAUUGCUAACUUUGAAUCAGAAGUUGAAUACCUGCAGAGGUCUUUUGAGAAUCUGGAGGCAGCUUGUGAAGAAUUAAGAAACAGCAGAAUGUUCUUGAAGCUUCUGGAAGCAGUGCUCAAGACUGGGAACCGCAUGAAUGUUGGCACCAACCGUGGCGAUGCCCAUGCCUUCAAGCUUGAUACACUCCUUAAGCUGGUUGAUGUUAAGGGAACUGAUGGGAAAACUACACUUUUGCAUUUUGUUGUACAGGAGAUCAUCAGAUCUGAAGGUUCUCGUCUUUCAGGUCCUAAUCAAAUUCAAACAGCUGAGAAAGCUCAACAAUCCAGCUUCCAGGAUGAUGUUGAAUUUAGGAAGAUUGGCCUGCAAGUUGUUUCAGGUUUGAGCGGAGAGCUCACCAAUGUAAAGAAAGCUGCAGCCAUGGAUUCAGAUAUUCUUAGCAGUGAAGUUGCAAAGCUUGCGAUUGGAAUUAUGAAAGUUAAGGAAGUUCUGAAACUAAAUGAAGAUAUUGCACUGAAAGAGAGCAGCAGGAAGUUUUCAGAAUCAACGAACGGAUUCUUGAAGAAGGCAGAGGAAGAAAUUGUAAGAAUUCAAGCACAGGAGAAACUCGCACUCUCUCUGGUGAAGGAAAUAACAGAAUAUUUUCAUGGAAACUCAGCAAAGGAAGAAGCUCAUCCAUUCCGGAUUUUUAUGGUGGUAAGGGAUUUCCUUUCCAUUCUUGAUCAGGUGUGCAAAGAAGUUGGGAAGAUCAAUGAGAGAACUAUAUACAGUUCAGUGCGGCCUAUGCCAAUAAAUUCAAACCUUCCACCAGUUUUUCCUGUUUUCAAUGGAAGGCAGCAUUUUAGCUCAUCGGAUGAUGAAAGUUCAUCCUUUUCUUAGCAUCCUAGGAUUGAUCUCCACCUUAUGACUGCAUUUUUGCUGAAUUUCACUGGGAUCAUCAUGCCAGUGAGAAAAUCAGUAAACAUAAAAGGAGGAUCUGAACUGAGCUUCUCAACCUGGAGUCCAUUUGUUGGCCUCUCCUUUUUGUACCUAAAUAUACUGGCUUACAAGAUUUUGGAUUUGUUUACUUCAUAUGUAAUAUAUACCAAAUUAUGUUGGGACAUAAUAAAGUAGUAAUGCUGGAAUAGUUGAAUCUGUCAUGUAAAUUUGUUAGAAGCUGAAUUAAAGUUUCCUGUUUAACGGGCAGUAGCUUAAGAAGGUACUUCUAUUCAUGUAAACCAAUGCAGAUUAUUCUCCUUGGAACUCUGGAAGUUAAUGUGCAGCUUGAGUAUUUAUUCA